UACUUGACUAGGAAGACUUUCCAUGCACGAAGACUUCAGUUGGACUCCACUAGCAGUUUAAAAAAGGUUUUGCUGACCUUUGUCAAGUAUGAUACCGUAUGUUUAUCUGUGGAAGUGUUAAUUUGUCUUCUUUGAUCAAAAAGCAGGCAGAGACGGAAUGAAUGACAUUGCCUUUCUAAACAAAGACGGGGACAGUUUUCCUACUGAGUCCAGAAAGCAGAGCCCAGUGGUAUCUGCUGCCGCCACGUUAUGCGGGUAUCUGGACAAGCUGAGCGGGCCACUGAAGGUCUGGAGGUCCCUCUGGUUCAUAUACGAAGAGAAGGAGUGUCAGCUGGUCUACUACAAGUGUGCCCAGGAUGUGAAUCCACUGGGUUGGAUUGACCUGUCCAAUGCCAUACUGGGAGACCUACCACAGGCAGACCAGGGGACCUUCUACAUUCAAACACCCGAGCGCACCUUCACCCUCAAGGCUGUGAAUUGCGAGUCUAUGAUAUACUGGCUGAAGCAACUCCAGUUGAAGAGGUGGCAUUCUGGAAAGCUGGGAAUGGUCACCAGUCACCAUGCACUACGACGAUACGCCACGCUGAGUGACGUCCUCCUCAGACACACUCCGACAGGAAUUCAUAAGGAAUACUUACUCCGGAGCCGCUCCUCACAGGAGCUCAGCCACAGCCUCAGCUGGGAGGAACUCUGGGAUCCAUUCCUGCCACUCAAAGACAUCCAGGCCCCUCCAUAUUUUGACCAGGACAAAUCACCUCCAAAAACAAAUAUUGAGCCCUCUGGGCCAAAAACACAGUGGGUCCAGGAGAUAGAGGCACCAAAGGGACACCAGAGCUCCCUAAGCAGUGAGGGCUCCUCUUCUAAACCCGCAGACAAGACUGCUAGUCCCCAGCAGGAAGAGCCUCCAGACACUGCCCGUCUUCAACAGGAAGUGCUCAGUCUGGCAGGCCAGGUCAAGGCCCAGAAGGAUCUAGUAUCCCUGUUGCAGAAAGCCCUGGAGUUGGCCCAGCAGGAGAAAUUGACUCCUGCAGUAGAGUCCCCGAGGUCGGAGUGUGAAUGGAAGAGUUCCAACUCACAACCAUGGAAUCAAGGCGAGUGCAACACAGAUCAUUCGUAUGGCCUGCAGGUUGUGCCACUGCUGCGGCACGACUGUGCGGCCGAGUCUCAGGAUCACCUCCGGCUACUGGCUGAGAGGAACCAGGCUGAGAGAGAGUUGGUCCUCCGUCUGUCCCAACAAGUGGCUGAGAGUUGGACUGUCCUUGAAACGCAGGAGCAGCUGAGACAGGAGAUUAGGAAUCUUAAGGACAACAUUGAGGCCUACAAGACUCAGAAUACUUACUUGAAUGCAGAGAUCUACAAGUUAACCAAAGAAUGGAGGAAGAGUACAGAACAAGAGAAGUGCUUGAUGAUAAAGUGUGCCCAUCUGGAGGCCAAGGUGUUCCGGAUGGAGAGCAGGUCUCUGACAGUCCUCUUCAAGCUACAGGAGAGCAGAGGUUUGGAGAGACACAGGGAAGCCAUAAAGACCCUGAUCACCGACACUCUUCGGGAGGGCGGGAGGGACAUUCUGGAACUGAACCCUGCCAGGGAAUAUGAUGAGUAUGGGUUUAGAAUCUCCACUGACAUCCAAAUGGAUGAUAUGAAGCUGCUCACCAAACUGCAAGCAUUAGGGAUUCAUUCCCACGAUGCCCCACAACAACAGAAGGAUGGGGAAGAGGAGGUGGACAGCGAGCGUCUUUGGGGCCGCUGGGCACAGCACUUUGAUGGCAGACGAUCAGACAAGGCGGUGGCCUCUCCGAAGCUGAAGGGGCUUCUGAGAAAGGGCGUGCCGCACCACUACAGGCGUCGUGUGUGGCGCUGGAUAGUGUGGAGCCGCACCCGCUCCCUGAGAGAGCGCCAGCCCCACUGGUACCAACAGAUAUGCUUUAGGAGCCAGGCUGCUUCGACCCGCCGGGUCUCGCAGCAGAUCUGGUUGGACCUGGAGACCACUCUGAGGGGGAACCGCCACUUCUCCUUCCCCGCCAAGCGUGCCGUCCGGCAGCUACAUCGUAUCCUCCUGGCCUUUUCUUGUCAUAACCGGUCUGUCGGCUACUGCCAGGGCCUCAACAGAUUGGCUGCAAUGGCCUUGCUAGUGUUGCAGAGCGAGGAAGAAACUUUCUGGUGUCUGGUGGCCAUUGUCGAGACCAUCAUGCCUCAGGACUUCUAUGGCAAGACUCUAACAGCAUCUCAGGUGGAGCAGCGCGUGCUCAAGGACUUCAUGGCAGAGAAGAUGCCGAGACUAACAGCCCAUUUCCACUGUCACGGAGUGGACGUGUCCCUGGUCACCUCCGACUGGUUCCUAGCUGCGUUUGUGGAGAGGCUGACCAGUGACGUCCUGCUCAGAAUUUGGGACGCCUUCCUGUACGAGGGCACCAAGGUGAUAUUUCGCUAUGCAUUGGCGCUCUUCAAAUACACAGAAGAGGACAUUCUGAAGAUUCAUCAUAGUGUGGAUAUCUACCAGUACCUCCGUUUCAUCACCAGAACCAUCACAGACAGCAGGAGACUGACAACCAUUGCAUUCAGCGACAUGAACCCGUUUCCUUUCAGGCUGCUCCGUCAGAGACGGGCCCUGCACCUUCAGUGUGUGCAUGUACAGUUGAGUGAGUUAGAGCGUAUCCAGAGGGAGCUGGGUAGAGAGCGACGCCAGCACAAGGACAGGGAGCUUGGGCUCGUUUCCAGCGAGGAUGAGGGGGACACAUGAGCUCUGGAUAAAAUGCUCUGGCCAGCGUCCUGUUACUCACUUAUCUCGGUAGAUAUUGUCGGUUUGUCAUUUCUUGUUUGAUGUUUUCAAUGUUCAUGUUUUAUUGUCACGUGCAUAAAUACAGUGAAAUGCCUUUCUUGCAAGCUCUUUCGCAACAAUGCAGUAAUCAAUAUCAAUAGUACUAUAAAAUGUAUAAAGUAGAAUAAAAAAUGACGAGAAAUAGAAAUUAGAACACGAGGAAGCAAGUAAGCUAUAUACAGGGUCAGUACCAGUACCAUAUCUACAAUGCCAUAUUUACAAUGUGUUGGGAGUGGUAGGAGUAGAUACAUCGAGCUCCAAAAGUAUUGGGACAGUGACACAUUUGAUGUUGUUUUGGUUCUGUACUCCAGCACUUUGGAUUUGAAAUGAUACAAUGACUGACUGUGAGGUUAAAGUGCAGACUGUCAGUUUAAAUCUGAGGGUAUUGUCACCCAUAUCAGGUGAACUGUUUAGAAAUUUCAGCCCUUUUUGUACAUAGUCUCCCCCCCCCCCCCCCAUUUUAGAAGACCAAAAGUAUUGGGACAAAUUCACUUGCGUGUAUUACAGUAGUAAAACGUUAAGCAUUUGGUCCCAUUUUCAUAGCACGCAAUGACUACAUCAAGCUUGCGACUCUGUUGGAUGCAUUUGCUGUUUGUUUUGGUUGUGUUUCAGAUUAUUUUGUGUCCCAAAAAAAUGCAUGGUCAGAAUGUUUCAAAACACUUCUGCAUUACUGUGGGUGCUACCCUAUUUAUGGAUAAUCCUGAAUGAAUUGUGAAUAAUGAGUGAGAAAGUUAGAGGCAUAAAUAUUUUUCUCACUCAUCAUUAUUCAUGAUUCAUUCAGGACUUUGUAACUGUCCCAAUACUUUUGAAACUCACUCUUUGUAUAGGGCUAAAUUGACUAGGCAUCAGGAUAUAUGAUAUGUGGCAGACCAGGGGGUUUGGUCAAGAUGUUUACACAGAUCAGACACUGACAGAGUAGGAUUAGCUCAGUUUCAAGGGUGUUUAUUUAAAUAAUAAAUCAAAAAGAAAAGGAUAGGAUAGGUCUCCCCCAUGAGACCCUCUACGGGAUACCGUCUUCUGGGCUCCAGGUCUUGCUGUAUCCUGCCAGGAUCAAAACUGCACUCACUCCUGUUACCUCUGUAACCAUCCCCAACUAUACAGGAGUCCUUUCUUCCCCCCCACUCUCCUCCUGUGUGCUGCCCUUCUGGCAGCUUUAUGGGCCUUGCACAGCUGGUGUGCAAUCAGCCCUUGAUUACACACCAACUCCCAAUCAGCUCCCAUUAGUCCUGGCUGGAGAACCCGUCGAGACCUGGCAUGUCCAGAAGAUGGAGCCAUCGCCUCGUGAUGUACACACCGUCUGUCACCAGGCCUCGAUGAGUCUCCCCCUGGUGGCUGACUUGCUGUAUGCCACAAAUUAUUGUGUGUGUGUGUGUGUGUGUGUGUGUGUGUGUGUGUGUGUGUGUGUGUGUGUGUGUGUGUGUGUGUGUGUGUGUGAGCAAAUGAAGCGUGAGUGUGCAUAAUCAGUUAAUAAAUAAUGCAAAAAUACUGUGCUGUUGUACCAUUGCAAAGCGGGCUUGAGUGCUAGAAACAUGCUUUGUAAAUCUGUAUUAUGAUUUAUUUAAUGGUGAGAUAAGUAUAGCUAGUUAUGGCUUAGCAGAUAAUAAGAAAAUAAGAAAAGACAAUCAGUAUUUACCUGGCUAAAGAGAAGGAAUAUAAUAUCUAUUGUUUACAGGAAAUGUAUUUAACAAUUUUAGAUGUAGUUGUGUGGAAAAAGGACUGGGGGCGAAAUAAACUUCUCCGAUGGGCAAAGAAACUCAAAA